UAUAGUUCGCUUACAGAUAGAUUGGGUUCUGUUCUACUUAUUUUUCUUCUUCUCCUUUUCUUCUUCUGUACAUAUAUCUCCGCCCCAUCGGCUAGAUAUCAUGACCGUCCUAAAUUUCCAGUGAAGCCUUUCCUUGUUAAUCAUCAACUUUUUCCCACUACCAGCAAUGGCGGCGCCAAGCCCCCUCACAAUAUCGAGCGCGACCUUCGCGAAGCUCUCCCCACACCCGUUUCUCCUCGCGAACCUCCGGCCACCCGACUCGUCCACGCCGUCCUCGCGCACCAACGGCCGACAGCCGUCUCAAGCACGUCCGUAUAAUAUUAACACGUCCUCUCUAACCCAUGCGCACGGCAGCGCCGUCGUGCGCACCGGCGACGCCACCGUCAUUUGCGGCGUCCGAGGCGAGACCCUCCUCACCUCCCAGAUCCCGAACUAUCGCCCGUCGCAAAGCAGCAGCAGCAGUGAUGAUUACGAGCUCAAAGAUUACGACCUACUUGUUCCCAACGUUGAACUAGCCACUGGAUCCGCGCCUAAUUUCCUUCCCGGUGCACCGCCGACGACGCUCGCCCAGACUCUGAGCACACGCCUAUUCUCGUUACUCCAUACGUCCAGACUCCUCGAUCCUGAGGAUCUGCGCAUAUAUCAGGACAGUUUCACGCAGCAGGUUGGGGGGGAGACGGAGAGGGGCGAGGAAGAAGAGGAGAAUGGAGCUGCAAGAGAAGUGAAGGCAUACUGGGUGCUAUAUAUCGACGUCUUAUUCGUUUCGUUCGACGGGAACCCCUUCGACGUGGCGUGGGCGGCCAUCCUAGCUGCCCUACGCGAUACGAAGCUCCCCCGUGCCUACUGGGACAUCGACCGAGAAAUAGUCCUGUGCUCUCGACAAGCAGCCCCCCCACUGAAAAUACGUGGACUGCCCGUAGCUUGCACGGCGGCCGUAUUUACGGCCAAGGAGAGGCAGAAGAAGGGCGGCGGUCAGUACUGGAUCCUCGUAGACCCGGACCGGUUGGAGGAAAGCCUCUGCGACGAGACCGUGACGAUGGUGGUUGACUGUACAGAAGGAGAGACGACAGUCUUGUCCCUCUCCAAGAGCGGUGGAACCGUUAUCGGACCUGCGCUGCUGAAGGAGUGCGCUGGCGUAGCUGAGGCACGAUGGAAGGAAUUUCGUGCCGUCUUACGGUAGAAACAAUCUGUGAUACCCAGUUUCAUGCGAGAUGUAAGCGGCACAAGAUGUACAAUGGUUACCAGUGUAGCCACAAUACAAUGCGACCCGGGUAGUGAACGCCUCGUAUCUGGAUAUAGCCGAGGACCCUUCUUCGGGGUUGGGGGGAAAGGGGGGAACA